GCGUUUGACCACCGUUUGACAUAUUUAUAUGUGAAAAUGUAAACACAACAACGUAUUAUAAAGUUUCAAAACUAAUAUUUUAUUAAAAUCAAUAUUGUUUUUUUUACUUCGAAAUAUCUUUUUUUAGUUUCUAAGUAAUAUAAUUAAAAGUCAAUGUUCUGUAAAUAGAAAAUAAUAAAAAUCACAAUACAAAUAAAUAAUAAUAAAUUCAUGGAAAAAAUUAAAUUAAAUUUUUUUUUUUGCUUUAUAUAAUUAUAAAAAAGAAUGUCACUAAAGAAACCAAGGAUACCGAAGUAUUAUCCCAAUAAAGCUCUAAAUCGUUGUGCAUAUAAAAAUUGUAGUAAUCGACGGGGUGACGAAGGUAUUAUUUUAUUUUGUUUUCCAAAUAGGAAAACUAACAUCAAAAAAUAUGAAAAAUGGUGUCAAAAUUCUGGUGUAAAAAAAGAGAAUACUACAUGGAGAUUGAUGAUUUGUAAUACUCAUUUUCAUGGUGAAGAUUAUACAACUUACGAACAUCAAAAACUUCUUUCACGAGCAAUACCCAUUGAUUAUAGGCUGAAUGAAAAAGAUCUUUGUCAUCCAUUUGAUCCUACAAAAGUAGAAAAAGUUUAUGCUAACAAUACCUGUAAAAAUAUUUUAAACAUAAUUAAAACUGAAAUUAAAGAAGAAGAUAGUGAUAGUGAAACAGAUGGAUAUCAUCCAUUUGAUCCUGAAAAAGUCAAGAGAGUUUAUACAUGCAAAAAUAUUAUGAACAUUAUUAAAACUGAAAUAAUAGAAAAUGAUAGUAAUAGUGAAACAUUAUUGCAAAAAUAAUAAAUAAUAUAAUUAUUAUU